AAAAUAUGACGUUGAAUGUGGUGACGUGUCGCUGUUGACAGUGGCGUGUACUGCCGUGCUACUGACAGAAAUGGCUGUUGAUAUAACUUUACUGUUCAAAGCCAGUGUCAAAACGGUAAAAACCCGAAAUAAAGCUAUCGGAGUAGGGUUUGAUUUGCCGAAAGAUGAAAUCUUCAAGAAGAGCAGACCCAAACAUGGAUUUUCUCUCAAGGCGAAGGAAGUGAUCUCCAACAUCACCAAGCUGAAAGACUUCCUGCUGCAGCACAGGAAGGACUAUGUGAAUGCUGGAAGUCUCAUCUCGUCAGACCUAACCCGGAUGACAGACAAUGAGCGAGACCAGAUCGACCAGGAUGCCCAGAUCUUCAUGAGAACCUGCUCUGAGGCCAUCAAGCAGCUCCGCUCUGAAGCUGAGAAGCAGGUCAUACCGACACAGAUCAGAGAGCACAGGGUGGCGGUCCUCGACCUCAUCGAGAAAUAUUUGAGAGGAGUAUGCAAGCUUUACUCCGAGCAGAGGGCUAUACGAGUGAAGAGAGUGGUGGACAAGAAGAGACUGUCCAGACUAGAGCCAGAGCACCACCACAGUAGGGCGGCGGUAGAGAGAAGCUCACCGGCGGAGCAGCACAGCGAGGAGAAAACGGCUAAGGAGGAGAGCAGCAGCAGCGGCGGCGGUGAGCGGAGCGUGACGGAGGUGCCGGAGAACAACGUGAGCCUGUGGGAGGAGGGCCAGGGCCGUGUGGAGGACGAGCUCUCGCCUGAGGAGAUGCAGAUGUUUGAACAAGAGAACCAGAGGCUGGUGAGUGAGAUGAGCAACCUAGUAGAUGAAGUUAGGCAAAUCGAGGGCAAGGUCGUCGAGAUCUCGCGACUCCAGGAGAUCUUUGCGGAGAAGGUGCUAAUGCAAGAAACUGAUAUCGACAGUAUCCAUCAGCUAGUUGUGGGAGCCACUGAAAACGUUAAAGAGGGAAACGAGGACAUCCGAGAGGCCAUCAAAAACAAUGCUGGAUUCCGUGUCUGGAUCCUCUUCUUCCUUGUCAUGUGCUCCUUCUCUCUGCUCUUCCUGGAUUGGUACGACAGCUAACCCCCUGAACCAGGAAGGGACAUCAGCCCGGGCCUAGCCCUAAGUGCUUAUCACAUUGAAGUAUAUGGUUGGAUGGACAGUGUUGGGUCUAGGACCAGCUUUUCCUAACCCCCCCCCCC